AUGCAUCAGUGGACGAUUUCCCCUAUGCAGGAGUACCUCUACUCCAACUCCACCAACCACCCGACCGACCUCCAUCAAUCGCCUUACGCCGCUCAACAGCAGCAGCAACAGCAACAGCAGCAGCAGCAGCAGCCGCCGCCGCCACCGCAACAACAGCAACCUCAACAGCAAACGCAGCAACCCGACAUGGCUCGGCGCGACCAGCCUGUGGAUUAUCGAGCGUACCCCACACAGCCACCCCAGGCGUCGCAGCCACAGCACCCGCACCAGCAGCAGCAGCAGCAGCAGCAUGCUCAACAGCAGCACCACGCCGCCCCGCCAGUGCAGCCUCAUGCCCAGCAGGCCCAUGCUCAGCAGGCUCAGGCUCAGGCCCCACCGCCCCCAAAACAGCAAGCGCCGGCUCCAGCGCCCGUGCAGUCGGGAAGGCGGAAGCGUCCGGCACCGGGUGCUCAUCCGCCCACUCAUACUCCACAGCAUACACCGCAGCAUGCUCCUCAGCAUCAACCUCAGCACGCUCCUCAGCACGUCCCCCAGCAUGCCGCUCAACAUGCCGCUCAACUGGCCCCUCAGCACGCACCCCAACACCCUCCUCAGCACCCCCAGCACGCUCCCCAACACCCGUCCCAGCACACCCCACAGCAUAUGACGGCUCAUCAACCUGGCCAACCGCAGCAGCAACCGCAGCAACAAGCUGCACAGGCUGCGCCUAUGGCACCUUCUCAGGUCGUUCAAGCUCCUGCUCAGCAACAGCAGCAGCAGCAACAGCAGCCGCAACCACAACAGCAACACCAGCAGCACCAGCAACCGGCGCAUCACCCACAGCAUGCCCAACACCCCCAGCACCCCCAGCAUUCACAGCACCCGCAGCAUCCGCAGCAUUCACAACAGCAACAAGCCCCCCCGCAGCAGUCCGUUCCGGUUCCGGCCCCCGCUCCGGCCCCAGCACCACCAGCUGCCGUGCCGGCGCUGUCGACUCCUGGUGACGAUGCACCUGCUCAGCCUCCGGCGAAGAAGAGCAGGACAAACACUCCCUGGACACCCGCCGAGGAGCUGCGGUUGAAGCAAAUGCGCGAUGCGGGCAACAGCUGGGCCGAGAUUGCAAAGACGUUCCCGGCCCGUACCGAGGGCAGUGUGAAGAAGCACUGGUAUAAAGACAUGCAUUACGCCGAGUUUGCCGAAGACGAAAAAGCGGCCUUGUUCUCUGCCAUCAAGGACUACGAAAAUAACAAGUGGAAGACCAUUGGGCAGAAGGUUGGCAAACCGGCCAAGGCCUGCGAGCAGUUUGCGAAGGAGCAUUUCCCAGAUUUGUUCCCCGCCCAGAAAGGCAGAUGA